CCUGUUCCAAAUCGAAUGCAGUCAUUUUCAGCCGGCGCAAACAUGUCUACACGGGCGUCCGGGCGAGAUGAACCGAGUCCCCUCAUUGCUACCACUGUGCGUGCCCUAACAUUUGUGAUCAAAACAUAAGCGAGUGCUGGUGGGUGCUGAGACUACGUUGUUCCAAACCGAGAGGAAAACGGAGUUGUUUGUGCAAACACGAAGUCCUACCAGUGAAAUUAUACCCUUGACAGAUUUGGGAUACCUUGAUUCAAGUACUGCAACUCUCUGUGCUGAUUUACCCGUAUCUCUGCCACAUGGGACAGAAGGGCUAGCUGAUGGGUCAGAGGUGACUGCAUGAGGAGGCGGUGUUAGGGGACCCUGGUCUGAACUUAGACCAAACCCAGUCACACUCCUAGACCAGAGAGGUCUGUUGACCUUGCCUCUCCUCUAGAGAUGAGGUCCAUCCGAUCGUUCGCCAACGACGACUGCCACGUCAUGGCCAAGCAUGUCGAAAUCUACCCUUCGCCAGAGGAGCUGCAGGCUGUCCAGAAGCUGGUGUCCACUGUGGAAUGUGCCCUCAAACAGGUGUCGGACUGGAUGGACAACCUCAACGCCUCCCUAAGCAAGGCCCCAACCAUCACCACCACCGUCGACAUCAAGGCUGCUGGAGACUCUACAGGCACCCACGGCAGCACAAAGACCCAGAGUGUGCCGAUCCUGUGUGGGGUGAUGCGGGUGGGUCUUGUGGCUAAGGGCCUCCUGGUUAAAGGAGACAUGGAUUUGGAGCUGGUCCUGAUGUGCAGAGACAAACCCACCAAAUUACUUCUGUACACUGUUAGUGCCAACCUGCCCUUGCAACUACAGACGCUGACGGAGGACAAGUACGAGGUGCGGUCCAGCGUGUCGCAGUCCGCCAUCUGGGUGGUCAACAUCAACGACCCCAAAUUCUCCCUGAAGGUCACCCUGUCCUCACUGGCCAUGAGAGAUGAACACACUGCCAAAGACCAAGGCGUGGAGGUGGAGGGGCUUGAUGAGGUGCUGGAUGGGAGGUGGUGCCAGGCUGCCCUGGCAACGCUCAGACACACCAAAUGGUUCCAGGCCAGAGUGACCGAUCUGAAGUCGUGUGUCAUCGUCAUGCGUAUUUUCAGAGACAUGUGCAACAGACUAACUGUGUGGGAGCCUCUCAAAGGAUGGCCCCUAGAGCUGAUCUGUGAGAAGGCCAUAGCAACCUGUAACCGACCUCUGGGGCCCGGAGAGGCCCUGCGCAGGGUCAUGGAGUGCAUCGCCUCAGGGAUCCUCCUCCCAGAUGGGCCAGGAGUUCACGACCCCUGUGAGAAGGAGCCAACAGACACCUUGUCAGUGAUCACAGGCCAACAAGCUCAGGCUAUCACUCACAAUGCACAGCAUGCGCUACGCCUCCUAGCCUUUGGACAGCUUUAUAAGGUCCUGAAUAUGAAUCCUCUCACUCCAACCAAACCGUCACACAGACUCUCGGGGUUGGACAAAGGAAUCUGUCAUAAAAGGCAGCAUGAAGACAGACGCACUUACGACAGACAGCUCUUCAAGAGGAUGAAAUACAACCUGAUGAGAGUUCUGGACAGUAACGGGAUGGACCCCAACCUCUCCAUGAACGCCGUGAUAAGACUGAACCAGGUCCACCCGGGGCUGCAGUACAAGCUAUUGUCCCAGUCCGGCCCAGUCCACGCUCCAGUCUUCACCAUGUCCGUGGACAUCCACGGCACUGUCUACGAGGCUUCUGGCGCCUCCAAGAAGACGGCCAAACUACAAGUAGCACUUAAGGUCCUACAGGCACUAGGUUACCCAGCUGACUUCGAUGUGGACCUGGACUCCCUGAGUGCUGACGAGAGGUCUGACGGCGAGGGACGCAACCAUAGAAGUGAUAGAAAUGACAGGAUGUCCACCAGCUCCAGCAGAAACUCUGUCACCACCUCCACAGACGCACACGAGUCCCGCACCCCAGGCCUUCUCCUUACGGCAGGGGGCAAGAACCCAGUGAUGGAGCUGAAUGAGAAACGCAGAGGCCUGAAGUACGAACUCCUAUCAGAGACCGGCGGCAGCUGUGACAAACGCUUCAUCAUGGAGGUGGAGGUUGAUAAACAGAAGUUCCGAGGCUCGGGGCCCAAUAAGAAAGCGGCGAAGGCUUGCGCUGCCCUGGCUGCUCUGAAGAGACUAUUCUCUGACUCCAAAGACCCUCGCAACAAGAAGAGGAGACCAACCACACUGGUGAAGAGAACUGUGUCAUCAACUGUGACUAUCCCAGCCCAUGCCCAUUCCAGGCCUAGAACAAGGCCAGUGAUGCAUAGAGCACCCUACAUCAGCGCUCCCCCCACCCAUGGCUACCUCCCAAUAGGCUAUGGAGCUCCAUAUGGUUAUGGUACUGCAGCUUCCCUCCCUGCCUAUGGCGGCCUGUACAUUGACAGUGCCUUUUACCAGCCACGGCCUAUUGCCACUCCUAUUAUAAUUCACCUGGGUCCUCAGGAUCUCUUCUGAUCUCAACAGCCAGCAUGGGAUCUCAUUUGACCUCUGCUCUCUAGAGCCAUCAAGGGAUGACUAAGUUUUGACUUAGCUUCCAGUUUCCUGUCUGACCAGGCUCUCAUUACCUUAUUAAAGGGAUACUUCAGAAUUUUUGCAAUGUGGGCUUUUAUGUACUUUGUGUAUACCAUUUUUAUGUGUCCAGUAUGAACGUCUAGUAACCCGAAGGUUGCAAUUAUUUUUCAAAUCUCAUCACAAUCAACUUUAGCGUUUUUGUUAAUUAGCAACUUUUCAACUACAAAUAUGUUGCAAUUGUACACUGGGUCGGAAAAUCGGGACCCAUCUCUGAGCAGACAUCAAUCCAAGAAGAAGCAAUACAUCAUCAGAGUUGGAAUUAUUUCCCAAUAUGUUGCAAUACUUGACUUUAGCUUCAAAUCUACUUGGAAAUAGUGGAAAUGGAUUGGCACAACACUGCAAUAUUCAUGUGAUAUACACUGAGUAUACCAAACAUUAAGAACACCUUCCUAAUAUUGAGUUGCACCCUCCCCUUUUGCCUUCAGAACAGCCUCAGUUCGUCAGGGCAUGGACUCUACAAGUUGUAUAAAGCAUUCCACAUGGAUGCUGGCCCAUAUUGACUCCAAUGCUUCCCACUGUUGUCAAAUUAGCUGGAUGUUCUUUGGGUGGUGGACCAAUCUUGAUACACACGAGAAACUGUUUAGCGUGAAAACCUCAGCAGGUUUGCAGUUCUUGACACAAACCAGUGUGCCUGGCACCUACUACCAUACCCUGUUCAAAGGCACUUAAAUAUUUUGUCUUGCCCAAUUAACCUCUGAAUGGCACUUACUUAUUAUUAUUAUUACUAUUAUUAUUAUUAUUACUUACAGAUCAUACAAUGUGAUUUUCUGAUUUUCUCUCACAGUUAGUGUACCUAUGAUCAAAUUUACAGACCUCGGCAUGCUUUAUAAGUAGGAAAACCUGCAAAAUUGGCAGUGUAUCAAAUACUUGUUCUCCCCACUGUAUAUACAAUAUUUGUGUAAUUAUGGGUGUGUGUUUGAGUAUGUUUAACCCAAUAAGGAUAAGAUUUGUAUUUAUUUAUAAUACUUGUCAAUUAAUGCGUAUCUUACCACAAUGUAAAUGCAUUUAUAUCAAGCACCUUUGUAUACAAUAUACACAACAGUGUAUAUAUAGAAGUUAAUUUGCAUGUAUCAUUUGUACGUACUGUACAGUAGAAACAAGUCUGUUUUGUAUUUAAUUCCAAAUUUAACGGUGUAAACAGAGAGUAGACUCAUCCUAGUCCAAUGUAAUGUUUUCAAAAUCUAUUAGCAGCAGUUAAUAGCAGUACUCCAUUCAGGGCAGCACAUUGACUUCUGGAAUUAUGUCUACAACCCAGAAAUUAAUAGCGCUCUCAAUUUCUCUCUGUUUCCAACACACACACACACACACAUAAUCUUGUAACAGUGUGCAAGACAUGAAUGUAACUUUCAACUUUUCUCAUAUCCAAAUCAAAGUUUAUUGGUCGCGUACACAUAUUUGGAGAUGUUAUUGCAGGUGCAGCGAAAUGCUUGUGUUUCUUGCUCCAACAGUGCGGUAAUGCCUAGCAAUAAUAUUAAUACACACAUAAUUAAGAAAUGUCAGAAACCGGAAUCUAAAUAUGUACGUACAGUGCAUUUGUGAAAGUAUUCAGACCCCUUUACUUUUUCCACAUUUUGUUACGUUACAGCCUUAAUCAAAAAUGUAUUAAAUCAUUGUCCCCCCUCAUCAAUCUACACACAAUACCCCAUAAUGACGAAGCAAAAACAGUUUUUUUUAGAAUUUAAGAUUUUUAUUUAUUUAAACAAAUACCUUAUUUACGUAAGUAUUCAGACCCUUUGCUAUGAGACUCGAAAUUGAGCUCAGGUGUAUAUGGUUUCCAUUUAUCUUCCUUGAUGUUUAUACAACUUGAUUGGAGUCCACCUGUGGUAAAUUCAAUUGAUUGGACAUUAUUUGGAAAGGUACACAACUGUCUAUAUAAAGUCUCACAGUUGGCAGUGCAUUUCAGAG